AUGAGUGGCGGAGGAUCUUCACAUUCAAAUCCCAACGAUUUAAAGGAAACAUGGACUGAAUCAAGUCUUGAAAGACUUAUUCGUCUCAAACCCGAUUUGUUCAAGGUUUUCAUCAACAACAAGGCCCAUAGGUCCAACUCAAAGCGUUGUAAAAUGUUUUACAACGCGAUGAAAGCGGGUAAUGGUGAAGAUGAUAUCAAGGCGGGGCAACUUUUUCAAGCUUGGGUCGAUUUGGCAUAUGGGAACUCUUCAGAAGGCGAGCUGUCGUUGGGAGUUACAUCGACUGGCGACGAAAAGACGAACAAAGAAUGUUACUCUGUGUUUUUCUACGUUCAGCGGUCUUUGGCAGAAGUGCUCGACGACCCUCAAGAAGUUCUCAACCUCCAUCGAGAAAAGCUAGGACUGGCUCCACUCGAUUUCGACCAUCCUAGCCUAAUCCCGCCCGAACUUCCUAGUGACUACAAUAAUUCAAUAGUCCUGUCCGUCCCUACCGCCAGGAGGGAGGCGGUCGCAAGGAAAGUCGGAAACCGGACUAGGAGAGGUAAUAAAGCUGGAGAGAAAAGGAAAACAUUAGCUUCGUAUCGCGGUCAAUUGAAGGGAAAGACGAAACCAAGUGGUGUAGCGACAAUGCGGACUUCAGCACCGGGGGAAUUGCCCGAGAGCGACCAGGAUGCGGGAGUUUGGGUCGACAUUCCAAGCGAAACGUCACAGUAUGAUUAUAACCUCGGCACAUUUCAGCUGAAAGACGCAUGCGCUAAAUUAGAAGACAAGGCUGCAAAGGGAGGAAACAGGUUUGGGGGAAGGGUGGCUUCAAACGCUCAACAUACUGGAUCGCUUCGUUCGCCUGCGGGCAUCGCAAUCACUCAGAGUUUAAACCAACGCGAUGUCGCAGCGGCGCAGCCUCAACAGGAAUUUGAGUUGAUCCCCGUUCCCAAAGUAAAAUCGAGAUCGAGGAGACGGUCAAAACCCAAAACGGCCUCACGAGCUCCUGUAGUGGGAGUUGAGACAUUCCCAGGUUUACCUAAUGACCACAUCCCUCCACCCCCACCAUUGGCGCCGUAUGUCGCAGACUCUGGCGUGCACCUGCCUCCUAUUGGUUAUUCGUCUUUAUAUGGCGAUGUUCAGGAUGCUAUGAGCAUCGGGCACUCCUUGCCACUCCCCGGUACGCUUCCAUUACUAGAGGAGGCGCAGCCCUUCAUAUGGAACGAUUCAUAUCUCACCCAAUACGUGCGAAUCCCGGUUUGGGCAAAGUCUCGCCAAGAGUUAUGUGAGCUACCGUACUUCAAGUCAAUGCAAGGUGGUGUGUAUACACGAGGAAACACAGUAUAUGGGUACCUCCUCGGUCGAUUUCCAUCACCACGAGACGGAUGGUUUCAUCAAGGGAGACUAAUCAUUUCGCACGGAGGAGGCAAGAACGUUAUGGAUGAGGGCGAGAACGAUUCAAGCAAAGUUCGACAUCAGUUGGGUGACGAUCAGCUAGAGUCCGAUAAGUCUGUGCGCGCGUUACUCACGGCUUACCGAAUGUUUCGACCUAUCGUUAUAUUGGCCGAGGCGGAUUACGGACCCCUUCAAGAAUUCAAUCUCAAGCAAGGAUAUACUGAGGGAGCCAACUACUACGUGUUGGGCCAUUAUGCCAUCGUGGCCGCGUGGGCCGAGCAUGAGGAGGUUAUCAUUCAAGGCUCCGGGUUUAUUCAUACACGUUGGAAGUUUGCGUUUCAAUAUAUUGAAGGCAACCAAGGCCCUCCCUGGUGGCUGCGACCUCCAGGCACAGCAAUAAGCCAGCCGGAACUUCCAGCUAUGAGUGGAACUGCACGAGUCCUCGAGAGGAAAAAAUUCGGCGGCCUAGUUUCAGGGGACAGGAGGCGUGUAUCGGAGAUCACUACUAAUUCGUUUACAGGUACACCGUCGAUAGAGUGCAUCGAAUGCCAAACUCUUAGCCCUUACGUGUACGCAUUGACUCCCAUUUGCUUAAAUCCGGACUGCUCAUCGUUCUGGAAGCACCAAGGGAUACCAGUCCCGCAAACUGGGUUGGCCUUUAACCCUGAUUUCUUGGUGCUCAGGGGAUUACCUGAACAACUUAACACAAUACCGUACCCAAUUGUCCCAGAGUACCCUGACUGGCAGCAUCGAAGAAAUGGCGAGUCUAUUUUAACCGCCACUACUGGGCUGGAGCAUGCUGCCACCGGUGUGGUAGAGUCUCGUGCAGGUAUGGGACAAAAAUGGCGGUGCUGGGAAUGCUUGACCUGCGGACUAAAACGGGACGAAUCUCGUCCCCAGAUCUACGAUUCUUCGUGCCUACUGGGGCCUAUGGAUUGCGAAACGCAGGGUGAUGGUGUUUUCUCUCCACAUGAUAUGAAAUGCACGUCCAGAGUAAUCCAAUACCACGAUGGACAUAGACUCGCAAUCUACUAUGAACUGCCAGAUGACAUCGGAAGAAUUGUCCACGUUCUAAAUAACCCGAAUGUUACGCAAAUAGCCAAUCAACUGUUCCAACAGUAUCAAGAAGAUGCCAGUUCUAUGAAUAUGUUUCAGAGGCAUGCGAUGAAAACGCACGGGGUUAAAGGCGAGUUAUAUGCGCAACAUUAUUCUCACAAUGCCGGCGCUCCAUACAAGUACAUUGCCGAGGCCAUAUCGACCCCAUUUGAAUACUGUCCUAAAUCUGUAGUCGGAGCAAGGAAUCAUAUCCAGUAUUUAUGUGAAUCUGCUUUAGGGAAAAACGUAAACUUCAACGAAGUGCUUUCUGUGGCAUACGCAGAGGGCCAAGAAAUGAAUUUUCAUUCGGAUGAUGAACCUGGCUUAGGUCCCGUCGUUGCAGGCCUGACUUUAGGCAGCCACGCAGAAAUGCUUUUUAGAUAUCAUGUUGCGUGUAAGAAGAAUCUUCCAUACAAGAAUGGCCCAUUCAGACCAUCGGAGGCACGAGGAAGUGACGAUAUGGAUUCGAACGAUCGUGUUCUACAGGUUGUACUCUCACAUGGCGACAUACUAAUCAUGGAUGGUGCGCAAAUUCAGAAACAAUACGAGCAUGCAGUGUUUGUUCGGGAUACCGAUAUGGUGCGAUUUGCUGCUACUGCAAGAUUAAUCGACCCGAACCCCAAAGUAUCAACCGCUUCGCCGCACAAAGGAGCGUGGGGCAUCCCGACAACAACCCGCUCUGCUGUGCCCAAUUUCGACUGGGUGGUAGAUUCUUAA